AUGAAGAAUAUUUUAAAUAGAAUUCAACAAAAUGAAAGAGAUUUUAAAGAUAAUUAUCAACAUAUUCAAAUACUUGAAAAUAAACUUAUCGAAGAACAACAUUAUUAUCUACAAUUAAAAUAUACGGUAACAGAUAUGAAAAAUCGUUCAGAAUCAUAUCGAACAAAACAACAUUCAAUACAAAUGCAAGCACAAGUAGCAUCGAAUAAUAUUAAAUAUUCUCAAUAUCGUUUAAAAACGUUUACUGACCAAUUAAUAAUCUGUCAUAAUGAUGCAAUUGAACAAAAGACAUCAUUAAAUAAAUUACGUGAAUAUUAUUCUACUCUAAAAGAAAAUGAUGAAAUUAAUUUGAAAAAACUUUCAACUAUUUAUGAACAAUAUACUAAUCUUCAAAAUCAACAUAAAAUUUCGAUAAAUUCUCUUCAACAAACAAAUGAAAAUUUAACAAAAUAUUUAACAGUACGAUCAAGUUUAGGUCGUAUGGUUGUUCGUCGAGUUAAUUUAUGUCAGUUAUUAUAUAAAAAAAUAGUUCGAUUUGAUGAACAUAUUCAUCAACAAGAUCAAUCUAUUCAAAUGAUUUCUAAAUGUAUUAAUUCAAUAAAACUUCAAAUUCAUCAAAUUCGAAAUCAGAAUAGAAAAUUUGUUGAAAGAAAAGAUAAAUUUCAAUUUGAAACUGUUAAAAUUCAUAUGACAAAAAUACUCGAUCAUUCACAUGAAAAACAACGAUUACUGACAAAACAAAUAUUUCAACGACAUUUUUCAAUAAAACAUUCACCUAAUCCUCUACCAUUUGAAGAACAAAAUUAUUUACGAAAUAAAUUCUAUUUAUUAAAAACUCGUUUAAUUAAAAUUAUUUUUCGUGGAAUUAUUUCCAAUUUUGUUCUUUUAUCAAUUCAACAAGAAUUUUCUAAUUUAUUAGAAGAUUAUACAUCGAAAACAUGGAGAGAAAAUUCUUCGAAUUUAAAUUUUCUACGAACAAAUCUCUAUCAAUUAGUACGACAAUUAAAAGCAAAAACAGCAGAAAAUAAUAUGCUUAUUGAUUACCAACAUUAUCUUCAAUUCAUUCAUACAGAUAUCAUUCAACAAAUUAUACAAUGGAAAAGUAAAUUUGAAAAUUUAUUUUUCCUUAAUUUAUUAUUCUAUUUAGAUUUCAACAUGAUAGAUAUUACUUAGAACUUGAUCACUGUAUUUUCUUCUUCAGUUUAAUUGAUUAUUUGAAUAGUUUAGUUAAAUAAAUUCUGUUCUUUACUGCUGAAUCACACGACAAAAGGGAAAUUUCGAUAAUAGUUACAAUACUCAAUUUCGGUUCUAUAUAAACAUUUAAAUUCAUAAUUUCCUACAGAUGUCAGCAGUUACAUAUAUAAUAUUAUCAUCAUUUAGUUCAUAUUUUUUUAAUUUGAAUGAUUUCGAUGAAAAUUAGAUUACAUAUGAUUAUAGAAGAAUCUGUUUUAUAGGUCGUAUAACAAUUUUUUAGCUAAAAUUAAUAGUUUGAAUAUCUAUUUGUUGUAAACUUAUCCAAUGAAUUGUUCAAGAACGUCUAUGUAUAUGUAUAUAUAUACAAUAUAACGUUUUUGUCGAUAUGUAUUUUGAAGAAAAAACAAAUGAUGAUGUUGUGAAUAAUUUAAUUUUUCGGUUUCAUUCUAGUUAUUGGUGUCUAACUAUCGUUGAUGGCUGCAUCAACUACUACUACUGCUACUGCUACUGCUACUGGUACUACUAUCAAUACAAACGAAUCACCA